CUCACUUGAAUCUGACCGCUAUUAUUUUCGCGACCAUUGAAAACCUCAAAGCUUUAUAACUCAGAUUCUUAUUUCGAAAAAUAUUGUUGCCAUAUUCAAAAAGAAGCAGCAGACAGUUAUUAAUCCAACGGUGUCAACAAUAAAAUGUCGAGAAGACGGCACAGUGACGGAGAUGAUGAUGGCGGCCAGUCUCACAAAAGAAGGAGAACGUCUGAGCCCAUUGAGAUUGAGGAUCGCCUGGAAUCACUGAUAUGUCGAGUGGGAGAAAAGAGUACCUCUUCCCUGGAAAGCAACUUGGAAGGUCUUGCAGGUGUCUUGGAAGCCGACCUCCCCAAUUACAAAAACAAAAUCCUCCGCAUUUUGUGUGCUGUGGCUCGACUUCUACCCGAGAAGCUGACCGUGUACACAACACUAGUGGGCCUUCUCAAUGCCAGGAACUACAACUUUGGUGGGGAGUUUGUGGAGGCCAUGAUCAGACAACUCAAAGAGACCUUGAAGGCCAACCUGUACACCGAAGCGCUGUACCUGGUGCGCUUCCUCUGUGACCUGGUGAACUGCCACGUGAUCGCUGCCCCCUCCAUGGUAGCCAUGUUUGAGAACUUUGUUAGUGUCACUCAGGAGGAAGAUGUGCCGCAGGUGCGCUCGGACUGGUUUGUCUAUGUUGUACUCUCCAGUCUCCCCUGGGUUGGGAAGGAACUCUAUGAGAAGAAGGACGUGGAGAUGGACAGGCUCCUAAACCAGAUUGACAGUUACAUCAAGAGGCGACUGAAGACUCAUGUCCCCAUGCUUCAGGUUUGGACAGCAGAGAAGCCACACCCACAAGAGGAGUACCUGGACUGCCUGUGGGCUCAGAUCCAGAAGCUGAAGAAGGACCGCUGGCAGGAGCGCCACAUCCUGCGGCCGUACAUCGCCUUUGACAGCGUGUUGUGUGAGGCCCUGCAGCACAACCUGCCACCCUUCACCCCGCCCGCCCACAUGCCCGACUGCCAGUACCCCAUGCCCCGCGUCAUCUUCCGCAUGUUCGACUACACCGAUGCCCCCGAGGGUCCUGUCAUGCCAGGCAGCCACUCUGUGGAGAGGUUUGUGAUUGAGGAUAACCUUCACAACAUCAUCAAGUCCCACUGGAAAGAGAGGAAGACCUGUGCUGCGCAGUUGCUCAGCUAUCCAGGGAAAAACAAGAUCCCACUCAACUAUCACAUUGUGGAGGUGAUCUUUGGAGAGCUCUUCCAGCUGCCCUGUCCCCCCCACAUCGACGUCAUGUACACCACGCUGCUCAUCGAGCUCUGCAAGCUACAGCCAGGCUCCCUGCCCCAAGUUUUGGCCCAAGCCACAGAGAUGAUGUACAUGAGACUGGACACCAUGAACACUACUUGCAUAGACCGACUCCUCAACUGGUUCUCCCACCAUCUGAGCAACUUUCAGUUCCGAUGGAGCUGGGACGACUGGACGGACUGUUUAGCGCUGGAUGCAGACAAGCCCAAGCCCAAGUUUGUCAAGGAGGUUCUGGAGAAAUGCAUGAGGCUCUCCUAUCAUCAGCGGAUAGUGGACAUUGUCCCUCCCACUUUCUCAGCCCUCAUCCCAGCCGACCCCAUCUUCUUUUACAAAUACCAAGAUGAGGCCAACAGUGCGCUGCCAGGCUUUGCCGUGGCCAUAACGGUGGGCAACGCCAUCAAGAACCGGGCCUCCAAUGAGGAGAUCCUCACCGUGCUCAAAGACGUGCCAAACCCCAACCAGGAAGAUGACGACGAUGAGGGUGAGGGCUUCAACCCCCUGAAGAUAGAGGUGUUCCUGCAGACCCUCCUCCAUCUGGCUGCCAAGUCCUUCAGCCACUCCUUCAGUGCCCUGGCCAAGUUCCAUGAGAUCCUGAAGGCCCUGACGGACUGUGACGAGGGCAAGCUGCACAUCCUCCGGGUGGUCUAUGAGGUCUGGAGGAACCACCCACAGAUGAUCUCUGUGCUGGUGGACAAGUUGAUCCGUACACAGAUUGUGGACUGUGCAGCCGUAGCCAACUGGCUCUUCUCGCCAAACAUGGCUCAUGAAUUUACCAGGUUUUACGUGUGGGAGAUUCUGCACUCCACCAUCCGUAAGAUGAACAAACACGUCCAGAAGAUUCAGAAAGAGCUAGAGGAGGCCAAGGAUAAGCUGGAGAGGCAACAGCAUAAGAAGCAGAAGGACAGUGGAGAUGAGGAGGACAUGGAGAAGAACAGUGAGGAUGAGGACGGUCAGCUGGAGGAGCAGAUCGAGCGUCUACAGGAGAAGGUGGAGUCGGCCCAGAGUGAGCAGAAGAACCUCUUCCUGGUCAUCUUCCAGCGCUUCAUCAUGAUGCUGACGGAGCACCUGGUGCGCUGCGAGACAGGAAGUGUGGACUUCAGCACGCCCUGGUACAAGAACUGCAUCGAGAGGCUGCAGCAGAUCUUCCUCAUGCAUCAUGUGACCAUCCAGCAGUACAUGGGGACCCUGGAGAACCUGCUGUUCACCGCCGAGCUCGACCACCACAUCCUAGCUGUGUACCAGCAGUUCUGUGCCCUGCAGCUCUGAGACCCUUCACACACACCAUUACUUUACAUACGCCAUACUCUACACACACACUCUUGCAUCAAGAUUUCCUCAUUACUUUUUAUUUUUUUCGACUUUGUGUGUGUGUGAGUGCCAUUGACGGUAUUAACUGUAAAAUACCAUAUUUGGAGGAGGAUUUGUUUUUUGGGGGGAAGUAUUACAUUUUACAGAUGUUGGAAUCUGUCUCUUGAGUCUUAUGCCAUUUCUUUGUGUAGUGUUUUUUUCCCCUUCAUUUUGCUGUUCAUUUUUACCACGUUACUUGUAGCCCUAUUAAGGUGGCUCUUUUAAAAACCUGAGGUUGCAACUGGGCAAAAGGCAGACAAUGGGCUUUCAGUUUUGUUCCAUCGAGCCUGAAUCCAGAGUGCUCUACUUUUUUUAUAUGUAUUUUAUGUGAAUUGAAAUUGGGAAAUGAUUAAAACUCUGUAGAGUUAUCUGCCUGUAUUGUCUGUAUGGUGGCUCUAUUGAGGGGAAUGCAGUGCUGUUGGCCAAUGUGUAACACUUUGGAACGGUGGUGAAAUAAAUACACUGAAACGGC